AUGGCGCCCAGCUCGAAAUCGGAGCGGAACAGCGGGGCCGGGAGCGGCGGCGGCGGCCCCGGGGGCGCCGGGGGGAAGCGGGCAACGGGGCGGCGGCGGGAGCACGUCCUCAAGCAGCUGGAGCGGGUCAAGAUCAGUGGGCAGCUCUCUCCUCGCCUCUUCCGGAAGCUGCCACCCAGGGUCUGCGUCUCUCUCAAGAACAUUGUGGACGAAGACUUUCUCUAUGCAGGACACAUCUUCCUGGGCUUUUCCAAGUGCGGCCGUUAUGUUCUCUCCUACACCAGCAGCAGCGGGGAUGACGACUUCUCUUUCUACAUCUACCACCUGUACUGGUGGGAGUUCAACGUCCACAGCAAGCUCAGGCUGGUCCGGCAGGUACGGCUCUUCCAGGAUGAGGAGAUCUACAGUGACCUGUACCUGACCGUGUGCGAGUGGCCCAGUGACGCCUCGAAGGUCAUUGUCUUCGGCUUCAACACUCGCUCAGCCAACGGCAUGCUCAUGAACAUGAUGAUGAUGAGCGACGAGAACCACCGGGACAUCUACAUCAGCACCGUGGCCGUGCCGCCGCCAGGACGCUGUGCUGCCUGCCGGGACGCCAGCCGCGCCCACCCAGGUGACCCGAGCGCGCAGUGCCUGCGGCAUGGCUUCAUGCUGCACACCAAGUACCAGGUGGUCUACCCCUUCCCCACUUUCCAGCCCGCCUUCCAGCUCAAGAAGGACCAGGUGGUGCUGCUCAACACCAGCUACUCCCUGGUGGCCUGCGCCGUCUCGGUCCACUCGGCAGGUGAUAGCAGCUUCUGCCAAAUCCUGUACGACCACACCACCUACUCCCCGGCCCCUCCCAGCCCCCCUGGGCCCCAGAGCCCAGAGAUGCCCCCUGUCAUCCCCACCCUCUGCCCUGAAGCGGCCCCAGCCCGGCCCUCUGGGGCCCCCGAGCACUCGCCUGCCAUCGCCAAAGCCAAGGAGUUUGUGGCUGACAUCUUCCGCAGGGCCAAAGAGGCCAAGGGCGGGACCUCGGAGGAAGUCCGGCCACCCCCCUGCCCGGGGCCCUCUAGCAGCCGCUGCCGCCUGCCCUCUGAGCCCCUGGCCCCAGGUGGGGAGGCGGUGCCCCGGGACAGCCCCCUUGCAGCAGAGGUGCCCGCCUCCGAGCCUGGAUACGUCAACUACACCAAGCUGUAUUAUGUGUUGGGGUCUGGUGAGGGGACGGAGCCAGAGGAUGGUGAGCGGGGAGCCCACCUGGUGGGGUCCCAGGCGUGGGAGGCUGGCCUGGAGGGGCCUCUAGGCCUCCUACCGCCAUCCCUACCCCUACAUCCUGCCCCCUCAGAGUUGGAGGAUGACAAGAUCUCCCUGCCCUUUGUGGUGACUGAUCUCCGCGGCCGCAACCUACGGCCCAUGCGGGAGCAGGCUGCCGUCCAGGGUCAGUACCUGACAGUGGAGCAGCUCACACUGGACUUCGAGUAUGUCAUCAACGAGGUCAUCCGCCAUGAUGCCACUUGGGGUCACCAGUUCUGUUCCUUCAGUGACUACGAUAUUGUCAUCCUGGAGGUCUGCCCAGAAACCAACCAGGUCCUCAUUAACAUUGGCCUGCUGCUCCUGGCGUUCCCGUCCCCCACCGAGGAGGGCCAGCUCCGACCAAAGACCUAUCACACCAGCCUCAAGGUGGCAUGGGACCUCAACACGGGCAUCUUUGUGACAGUCAGCGUGGGCGACCUCACUGAGGUCAAAGGGCAGACCAGCGGCAGCGUCUGGAGCUCAUACCGCAAGAGCUGCGUGGACAUGGUCAUGAAGUGGCUGGUGCCUGAGAGCAGCGGCCGUUAUGUCAACAGGAUGACCAACGAGGCGCUGCACAAAGGGUGCUCACUGAAGGUUCUGGCAGACAGUGAGCGAUACACGUGGAUUGUGCUGUGAGGGCCCGGCCGCCCUGGACACUGACUCCAACUACCUCCGCGGCCUGGGAGCUGGCCGCCUUCCCGGCAGCCUCUGCCGACCGACCGAUGACCGGCACUAGUGUUAGGCUGCGGGAAGGGGGCUGGGCGGGGCAGCCCCUGGUGGCCUGAGAGUCUGGACGCUUCUUAUUUAUGCCUAUUUAAGUUGGAAAGGGGCAGAGGGAGGGAGCCCCCUGCCCCACCAGCCUUGAGCGCCCGCCUUCACCCUAAGCUGGGCGUGGGCCCUCGUUCCUCACGAGUUUGCCCCUUUUCUCGGCUACAGGUGUGGACGUUGCCCCCCUACCCACACCCCAGGGAGGCCAGAUGGAUCCCAUACCCCUGCCCUGUCCACCCCCAGCCUCUCCCCCGACCUGAGGUGGUGAACCUCGUGGCCAUCACACCUCCCCUUCCCGGCCCUGUUGUUCCUCUUCACAUAAUAAAUGUUUUAUUUCUGAACCUCA